AUGUAACAGGACUUAAUAACGAAUAACGACCCUUAACUCACUCACACUGUCUUUAAGGAAACAGAAAAAGAAUGUUGCAACCCUUUGCUCUAAACCCUUCAACCUUACCCAACACAACAACAACCACUCAUUUCUACAAAACAAACACACACCCUUCACUUACACUCUUAGACCACUGCACUUCCACAAAACACCUUCAUCAAAUCCUUCCCCUCAUCAUUAAAACCGGUCUCUACAAUGACCAUUUGUUUCACAACAAGCUCAUAAACUUGUUCUUCAAAUAUGGCACCAUCAAUGAAGCACUUCAUGUAUUUGAGACUGUUGAACACAAAAAAGAUGCUCUUUACCAUACUAUGCUUAAAGGGUAUGCAAAAAACUCAACUUUAUGUGAUACUUUGUGUUUUUAUCUUAGGAUGCAAAAUGAUGAGGUUAUGCCUGUGGUGUAUGAUUUUGCUUAUUUAUUGCAAUUGUGUGGGAAAAAAUUGGAACUUGAAAAGGGUAGAGAGAUUCAUGGACAAGUGAUAGUUAAUGGGUUUGAGUAUAAUUUGUUUUCGAUGAUUGGUGUUAUGAAUUUUUAUGUGAAAUGUGGGGAGAUCGAUGAUGCGUAUAGAGUGUUUGAGAGAAUGUCGGAGAAGGAUUUGGUAUCUUGGACUAGUUUGGUUGCGGGAUAUGCGCAGAAUGGUUUUCAUGAGAGAGCUUUGGAUUUGUUUUUUCAGAUGCAGGAAGGUGACUUAAAGCCGGAUUCUGUUGCAUUGGCUAGUGUUUUGCCUGCUGUGGCGGAUUUAAAGGAUUUGAGAAUCGGAAGGUCGAUUCAUGGUUAUGCUCUCAGAUUAGGAUUUGAGUCUAAGGUUAGUUUUACAAAUGCGCUUUUGGAUAUGUACUUCAAAUGCGGGUGUGAAAGGACUGCAAGGUUGAUUUUUGAGAGGAUGAACAAUAAGUGUGUUGUUUCGUGGAAUACGAUCAUUGAUGGUUAUGCACAAGUUGGAAAAUCUGAAGAAGCGUGUGCUACUUUUAUGAAGAUGUUGGAUGAAGGAGUUGAACCUACACGAGUUGCGGUGAUGGCUGCUUUGCAUGCUUGUGCUGAUUUAGGUGAUCUUGAGCGAGGAAGAUUUGUUCAUAAAUUAGUGAUUCAGAAGAAACUUGAUUUUGAAGUGCCAGUUAUGAACUCUUUAAUAUCGAUGUAUUCGAAGUGUAAGAGGGUUGAUGUUGCUGCCUCAAUCUUCGAUAAUUUGAAGAAGAAAACAAAUGUCACGUGGAAUGCCAUGAUAUUAGGUUAUGCUCAAAAUGGCUGUGUUAACGAGGCUCUAAGUCUGUUCUAUAUGAUGCAAUCUAAAGACAUUAAAUCUGACUGUUUUACUUUAGUGGCCGUAAUUACUGCUCUAGCAAAUUUAUCGGUUACCCGGAAGGCUAAGUGGGUUCAUGGACUUGCAAUAAGAACUUAUAUGAACAAUAAUGUCUUUGUCUCUACUGCUCUCGUUGACACAUAUGCAAAAUGUGGAGCCAUUCAAACUGCGAGGAAGCUUUUUGACAUGAUGCAAGAGAGACAUGUGAUAACAUGGAACACGAUGAUCGAUGGAUAUGGGACACAUGGCCAUGGAAAAGAAGCUCUUGAUCUCUUUAACGAUAUGCAGAACGAAUCUGUUAUGCCAAAUGAUACCACAUUUCUUUCUGUUAUCUCAGCUUGUAGUCACUCGGGUCUCGUGGAAGAGGGACUCCAUUUCUUCCGAAGCAUGAAGGAAGAUUAUGGCUUGGAGCCUGCAAUGGAUCACUAUAGUGCUUUCGUUGAUCUCCUUGGACGUGCCGGCAAGCUGGAUGAUGCUUGGAAUUUUAUUCAGGAGAUGCCUAUCAAACCAGGGAUUACUGUUUUAGGGGCAAUGUUAGGUGCUUGCAAAAUUCAUAACAACGUCGAAUUGGGUGAAAAAGCUGCAGACAAAUUAUUUGAGUUAGAUCCAGAUGACGGUGGGUAUCAUGUGCUUCUUGCAAACAUGUAUGCCUCUGCUUCAAUGUGGGACAAAGUGGCCAAGGUGAGAAUAGCCAUGGAGAAAAAGGGGCUCCAGAAAACUCCAGGCUGCAGUUUAGUGGAGCUGAGAAAUGAAGUUCAUGCAUUCUACUCAGGAAGUACGAAUCAUCCUCAAUCUAAAAGAAUCUAUGCUUUUCUUGAGGCUCUUGGAGAUAAGAUCAGGGAUGCUGGUUAUGUGCCGGAUACCGAUUCAAUUCAUGACGUGGAAGAAGACGUGAAGGAGCAAUUGCUUAGUAGUCAUAGUGAGAGGCUUGCCAUUGCAUUUGGACUUUUGAAUACAAGCCCUGGUACAACAAUACAUGUAAGGAAGAAUCUAAGAGUUUGUGGUGAUUGCCAUGAUGCCACCAAGUACAUGUCACUUGUGACAGGAAGGGAAAUUAUAGUGCGAGAUUUACGUAGGUUCCAUCAUUUUAAGAAUGGAAUAUGUUCUUGUGGUGAUUAUUGGUGAAUCAAUUAGAACAAGCAUUCAUUAGGGAUAGAGAACUAACAAGGCUGUCUCCUAUCACUGUUCAGACUCUAUAUAUUCUAUGAUCCUACCUAACAACCAAAUUGAUCAAAACUUGCUCAAGGCGCUGUCUAAAAUGGACAUGAUAUACCAGGUGGCUUCUAUGGUGAGGUGGAAUGCAAGACCAAAGUUAUCAGAAUCAAACUGGAGCAUGACUUGUUAACAUUAGCCUAGACUGAUUAUGGGACGAGGUUAGUAAUCAAGAAAUAGUGGAUAUUGCUCGUCAUUUUUGGGUGGGGAGCAACAACUAACCGCGAUAUUUAUAAGCUUCAUUAGUAGAAGAGAAGACGGAGAUGCCUUUAAUUGGUAUGUACUGUCAGUGUAAAAAGUUUUACGCAUGAAUCUAAACACAUAUUACCACAGAUAUUUUAUGAACUAAUAUGAAAAAGUUGUAUAGUAUUGAGAUGUGAUUGGAUGUCCGUGUAAUUGUUUUUGGAAAUAUCUAUACCUAUCUAGGCUCUAAUAAUACUAGUUGUUUUGUUUGUCAAAAAAAAUACUAGUUGUUUUGUUGAAAUAUUUUCUAUAUACCUAGAAAGAAAUCAUGUAGAUAUCGAACUACAACAUAUUUAA